AUGGCGGUGCCGUUGGUAUCAGCGCCUCAAAUCGCACGCGAUUCUCACCUUCCAGCGCCCUCCACCAUCAAAGUCAAGAACCUGCACGCCACGAUACAGGGCCCGCAGGACGCAUGGGGCCGACCUGACCGGCCGCAGCCCAUUGCCAUCACGGCCGCCGUGUCCCUCGACGCGCCGUUCAACGCAUCUUCGGCCAGCGAUACCGUCGCCGCGGAUACCGUCCACUACGGGCUCCUCAGCAAGGCCAUUCUGUCCAUCCUCGCCGCGGCCGCGCCCGUCAAGAGCCUGCGACACCUGCUGGACACGACCUGGGCGCAGAUGACGGGCGCGGACUCGCGCGGGCAGGACGUCGAGGCGGACGAAUCGUCACUGCUGCAGGGACAGGAGAGACAGCAGCAGCAGCAGCAGCAGCAGCAGCAGCCACCGCCGCCGCCGUUUCUGCACUUUGCGCAGCUACGGGCGCUGGAGAUUACGCUGCAUCUGCCAAAGGCGACGCUGCUUGGGGAUGGCGUCAGCUUGACGGUGACGGGCGGCUUUGAGCUGGUCGCGGCAGAUGGCGGCAGCGGACGGUUGAAACCGGUCAUGCGUCAGGGCGCAGUCUCACUCAAAAUUCACAGGCUCCGAGUUCCGACCCUGAUUGGCGUGAAUAGUAAUGAGAGACUGGCGAAGCAGGUUGUGGUUGCGAGCGUGGAGAUUGAUAGGCUGGAAGACGAUGCGGAUGUUUACCCUGAACUGGAGCAGGUCGUGGUGACGGUCAUGUCGGAGUCUUCGUACGAGACGCUUGAGGCUCUGGGUACUCAGAUGACAGUGGUGAUUGCCGCGCACCUGCAUCGAAAGCACACGCCGCCUCGUGAUGGCGCAGGUUGGAACAUUAACAUUUCGUUGGAGAAGCCAAUUGCGGUGCCACUGGCAGACGCGGCAUGCGUCGAGAUGAGCACAAAUACGGUCAACGUACCGAUAUGA